AGGGAGGAGCACUGUAAGGGUGUGUAGUGAUGGAGAUGUGCUAUUUUGUGUUCAAUUGAUGACAAUGGUAUCUCUGGGCAAUCAGUAACAAGUGGACAAGAAAGAAAAGAAAAAGAACUACAAAAUGACAAUAUAUUUAUGAAAGAAAAAUAGGUUCUGGAACUAUAAAAAAGAAAAUGUGCAGCGGAUGCUCCCAGCACUGAAUGGAUGAACUGUUGUGAAGUAACAAAGGAGAACUACAGUUGUUAGCCUUGCAUCAUACACCUCGGACAUUUAUCUGCCUUAAGAAAUGAACUGAGCAGAAGCAAGUUGGAUGUUUCUUGCAGUCACUGAAAUAUUUGAAACUAUAUAUAAAGAUGCCAUCCUACAGACCAGAGGAUAUGUACUGGAUAGAAGGAUCUCAGCGAGAAAAUGGAUUGGAACAUUUCUACGCACUGGGACAGGAACUUGGAAGGGGAGCCACUUCUACUGUUUUCAAAUGUGAAGAAAAGGGAACACGAAAAACUUAUGCGGCAAAAAUAAUGAGAAAAACAAUUGACAGAAAAAUUGUUAGAACUGAAAUCGGAGUGCUGCUACGUCUGUCACACCCUAACAUUAUUAAACUUAAAGAUAUCUUUGAGACCCCCACCGAUAUUGUGCUGAUUCUAGAGCUGGUAACAGGAGGAGAACUGUUCGACAGGAUAGUAGAGCGUGGAUAUUACAGUGAACAAGAUGCAGCCUGUGUUGUACAGCAGAUCUUGGAAGCAGUUGCUUAUCUACAUGCGAAUGGGAUCGUUCACCGUGACUUGAAACCGGAGAACCUCCUCUAUGCAGACAUGUCUCCAAAUUCCGUUCUUAAAAUUGCGGACUUUGGCCUAUCCAAAAUUAUUGAUGACCAGGUAGCCAUGAAGACUGUAUGUGGAACACCAGGCUACUGUGCACCAGAAAUUCUUCAUGUUUCCCCUUACGGUCCAGAAGUUGAUAUGUGGUCUGUUGGAGUCAUUACAUACAUCCUCUUAUGUGGGUUUGAACCAUUCUAUGAUGCAAGGGGUGAUCAGUACAUGUACAGCAGGAUCCUGAAUUGUGACUUUGAGUUCAUUUCCCCCUGGUGGGAUGACAUCUCAUUGAAUGCCAAGGACUUGAUUAAGAAACUGAUUGUUUUGGAUCCACAGAAGAGAUUAACAGUGUCUCAGGCUUUGCAGCAUCCAUGGGUCACAGGAAGAGCUGCUAAAUUUUCCCAUAUGGACCGCACACAAAAGAAACUGCAGGAAUUCAAUGCUAGACGUAAGCUUAAGGCUGCUAUGAAAGCUGUUGUAGCUUCAAGUCGUUUAGGAAAUUACAAUCAUACUGAAAACUCAAGAGCUGUGCAAAACUUGGAAGAUGCCCAAAGAUGUGAUAUUCCAGAUGCUGAGUCUGGAGGUUCCUCUUUACAUAAUGACUGUCAGAGUAGCUUGAUGGACCCUUAUGUGAACAUUUGAAGCAGGAGAAUCAACUGAGCUCACAGGGAUAACCUAUUCCGCCCAGGGUAAUCCUACGCAGUGCACCCAAGAUGGCUGCCUCACCUGGUAUCUUGUGAGGGUGGGAUACACAACCCACAGAAGUUAUUACCCAAAAUGCCUACACCAACUCUGCAUUGUGCUUAUUUUGCGCUCUACAUUUUCUUUUUUAUGCCUGUGUGGCUUGUCUAUUGCUGUGUUACUUAAAUCUUCUGUAUUAUGUGCAUUGAUUUUGAUGUCUGUAGAGCGCCUUGAGUCCUGUUGGUGAAAGAGUGCUAUAUAAAUAAAAUGAUUUAUUAUUAUUA